AUGGGAAAGAGAAGUGAUAGUGAAUCUCGCAGCAAGCACAACAAACACCGGCAUCGUCAUAGGAGGAGUGAAGUCUUUGCUAACCCACUACCUCGAAGACAAAGAAUCUCUAAUUUUGACAGACCUCCACAACCUAUCGAGAUCCAAAGAGCUUUGAUUGCAUAUGAAACAGAGCAAAAGCCCCUACCAAUUGAUCUGGUAUCUACAAGACAUGCAAGAAGAAUUUAUAUUGGAAACAUCUCAAAGGACACACAAGAAAAAAAAUUGAGGGAUCGCAUAAGCAAAAUUUUGAUUGAUUAUGGAGGAAUUAUUAGGCCAGGUGACCCAAUCACUUGUUCCUUUUAUCUGCCUCAAUUUAGUUGCAUGUAUCUUGAGUUCCGUUCUCUCGAAGAAACAGAGGCAGCGUUAACACUAGAUGGCUUAGAGCACGAUAAUCGAAGACUUGUAAUUAGACGUCCUGCUGAUUUCUAUAAUAAAGAUAUUAAGGUUGAUGUGGUUGUCCCAAGGGUGAAUUUAAAUAAAGUCGGACUGAUAUCACCUUUUGUUGACGAUGAAAUGAACAAAAUUCUGAUUGGCGGUCUCAAUAAAGAUUUGCAUGAAGAGCACAUUAAAGAAAUAAUGCAAGCAUUUGGCCCAUUGAAGGCUUUUUGUCUUAUGAAAGAGCCAGAGGAGCUUCAGUCGCUAGGCUAUGCAUUUUGUGAGUAUGUAAACCAGUCUGAGGCUGAGCGUGCCAGCUUGGCUCUAAAUGGAAAGGAGCUGAGAGGGAAAACUCUGCUUGUAAGAAAAGUGAUUAGUAAUCAAUAUGAGCAAGAAUUAGUUGAAACAUCGUUACUCCCCCUCAGUGAGCAAACAAAAACAUUGGAAAAAUCCAUAUUUUUGGUUAAAAGCCCACCCUCUGUGAGCGAAUAAAAAAUUUUCGAUAUAUAAGUAAUAGUUAAUAUAAUGAAAUCUCUAGCUAAUUUUGACAAAUUACUUUUAAACAUAAAUUUUACAAAUCAAUUCAAUGUCUUUAAAAUUAUUUUGAAUUGGGAUGUUUUAAAAAUUAACAAAUUUUUUUGGUCGCUAAUGAAUGAGGGAGAGUUAGGAAUCUAUAGAGGUGAAGGUCCUGAUUUUUCACUAAUUACUCAGUACCCAGGAGGGUGCAUUCAGCCUAAUUUUGAAACUAUUAUGUUUAGAAACAGACCCAUAAGUGUAGCUGAAUUUAUAAGGGCAAAGCAAACCAUUGAAGUUUUGCAGCACAGAGCCAAAGAAGUUGCUCAAGAAAGAGCCAAACGUGAACGAGAUUUGAUGGCUUCUGGUGUUGGGCCUCCUGGAUUAGAAUAUGAUCAUAGAUCAUACGAAGACAUAUCUGGGCUCGGGGGAUUACCAUGCAUAACAGGAAAUCUUUUCCCCUCUUUGAAUUAUUUAAUCCACCCAGAAGGAUCUACAAAUAUAGUCUGCAUUGAAGGAAUGGCUGAUUCUGCAGGACACAUGGAAGACUCAGAACUGACAAAGCUUUAUGAUGACGUUAUGAGUGAAGUCUCAAAAUACGGGACUGUAAUUUCUCUCAUUAUCCCUCGACAAUCAGAAGGGUACUCUGAGCGUUGCAUUGGAAAAGUAUAUGUGGAAUACAUAGACGUCAGCUCUGCAGUAAGAGCAUCCAGCUUGAUAGGACAGAGGCAAUGGAAAGGAAACUCACUAAAAGCUUAUUUCUUCGAUGCGGUCAAAUUUAUGCGCAAUGAACUUCAUUAA